GGGGGGCCCGGCGGGCUGCAGAUUCCCUCCGGCUCCCGGGAGCCGCGGCAGGACCGGCCAGUAGGCGCCAUGGAGGGGAGCCCCAUCCCGGUGCUGACGGUGCCCACCGUGCCCUACGAGGACCAGCGGCCGGCCGGCGGCGGGGGGCUGCGGCGGCCCACCGGCCUCUUCGAGGGCCAGCGCAACUACCUGCCCAACUUCAUCCAGAGCGUGCUGUCGUCCAUCGACCUGCGCGACCGCCAGGGCUGCACCAUGGUGGUGGGCAGCGACGGCAGGUACUUCAGCAGGACGGCCACCGAGAUCGUGGUGCAGAUGGCCGCGGCCAACGGGAUUGGACGACUGAUUAUUGGACAGAAUGGCAUCUUGUCGACACCUGCUGUUUCCUGCAUCAUCAGGAAGAUCAAGGCAGCUGGUGGAAUCAUCCUAACAGCCAGCCAUUGCCCUGGAGGACCAGGGGGAGAGUUUGGAGUGAAGUUCAAUGUUGCCAAUGGAGGUCCUGCACCAGAUGUGGUCUCAGACAAAAUCUAUCAGAUCAGCAAAACAAUUGAGGAAUAUGCCAUAUGCCCUGAUCUUCGAAUUGACCUAUCUCGGCUUGGAAGACAAGAAUUUGACCUGGAGAACAAAUUCAAGCCAUUUAGAGUGGAGAUAGUGGACCCAGUAGAUAUCUAUCUCAACCUCCUUCGGACCAUCUUUGACUUUAAUGCCAUCAAGAGUUUGCUGACAGGGCCUGGCCAACUGAAGAUCCGAGUUGAUGCGAUGCACGGAGUCAUGGGACCCUACGUGAGAAAAGUCUUGUGUGAUGAGCUGGGAGCUCCAGCCAAUUCUGCAAUAAACUGUGUUCCUUUGGAAGAUUUUGGAGGGCAGCAUCCUGACCCAAACCUGACAUAUGCAACAACCCUUCUGGAAGCUAUGAAAGGAGGAGAAUAUGGAUUUGGAGCUGCAUUUGAUGCUGAUGGGGACCGUUAUAUGAUUCUAGGCCGAAAUGGCUUCUUUGUGAGCCCUUCUGACUCACUGGCCAUCAUUGCUGCCAACCUCUCUUGCAUUCCAUAUUUCCGUCAGAUGGGGGUUCGAGGGUUUGGGAGGAGUAUGCCCACCAGCACGGCCCUGGACAGGGUGGCCAAAUCAAUGAAGGUCCCUGUAUAUGAGACCCCAGCGGGAUGGAGAUUCUUCUCCAAUCUUAUGGACUCGGGACGGUGCUCUCUGUGUGGAGAAGAGAGCUUUGGCACUGGCUCCGAUCACCUCCGGGAAAAAGAUGGCCUCUGGGCUGUCUUGGUCUGGCUUUCCAUAUUGGCUGCCCGGAAGCAGAGUGUGGAGGAAAUCGUCCGAGAUCACUGGGCCAAAUUUGGCCGCCACUAUUAUUGCAGGUUUGACUAUGAGGGGCUAGAGCCCAAGACAACCUAUUACAUCAUGAGGGACCUGGAGGCCCUGGUCACGGACAAGUCCUUCAUCGGCCAGCAGUUCGCCGUGGGAAACCACGUCUACAGUGUGGCAAAAACAGACUGCUUUGAAUAUGUGGACCCCGUGGAUGGCACGGUGACCAAGAAACAGGGCCUGAGGAUCAUUUUCUCAGAUGCAUCACGGCUCAUCUUCCGGCUCAGUUCCUCCAGCAGCGUGCGGGCCACCAUCAGACUGUACGCUGAGAGCUACGAGAGGGACCCCAGCGGUCAUGACCAGGAGCCCCAGGCUGUGCUGAGUCCUCUUAUAGCCAUCGCGCUGAAAAUAUCCCAGAUUCAUGAGAGAACCGGCCGGAGGGGCCCCACAGUCAUCACCUGAAUGGAGGAAAGAUCAGUCACCAGGGCCAAAAGAGAGCGCUUGGCAGGAGACACUUCACCCACGCCUUCUUGCUACCUGUUUGUGCCUUUUAUGACUUUGAAAUACACACACACACACACACACACGAUAAUUUGCUGGUGGGUGGGGGAGGGGUGGGUGGGAAGAGAAAAAAAAUCUGUUUUGUUUGGAUUUGGGUCCGUUCCUCCAAAUGCAACAGGGUCUUCAGUUGUCUGUUAAAGCUGCACUAUCAUUUGGUAUCUAUAUUUUAUCACACAAAGGACCCUCACCUUUUGAGAAAGAGUAAGUGGGCCGGGAAGGUGUCCAUCAUGGUGUUAGGUGAGGAAAGGUUCUAAACUCACGCACAGAGCGCAGUGCCAGAAUUAGGCUCCCGCCACGCCACAGGUGCCGCUGGGCAGACCUAGGAAGACUCUCCUUGGCGUGGUGGAGGACUUAGCUUUUCAUCCUGAGUCAGGUCUCCCAGGGGGAACAUUGUGGGACUCCUCAUGGCCUCUGGCCACCAGAUGGCCCACUCCCCCUCCCUCCCAUCCCCUGCCGAGUCCUGGUGCCACCUUCUCUGACAUCGGAAGCAUUCUACAGAUCACCAUGGCACACUUUCAAGGAAACACAUCCAAGGGUGUUUACCUCUCUUGUUUUGUAAAUACUACUAUUCUAGCUCUUCAGCGGGCUGCAUUCCUACAAAUUCAGCCGUUCAUUGUGCAGGUAGAAAGCCGUUUCUUGGCAAGACUCUGCAGAUGAAUGCCUAACAUUUCACCGGCCCUCCCUUGACAACAUCCCGUAGGGUCAUACAGGGGUUUAUAUUCAUUCCUCCUGGGAAGACAAAAUACCACCAUGUCUGCCAUCUCUCUUUCUCUCUGCUCCCUUAUCUCCCAGUAAGGGCCUGUUUUAAAGCAGUCAUUGAGACACAGUUCAGAUCUUACGGUGGCUCUACAAGGAGACCAUGAAAUGCUAGCCAAGUGGAGAACAGAGUGCUUGCUGGAAGAAGACCUUAUUGGUGGUCGUUAAGGACCUGAUGAGAUAGGGGUGGGGGAGGGCGGCACCCCUGCCGGAAACCGGAAGUUCACAGCUGGCUCGCUUUGCCCAGGAGAAGGAUACUGCAGCUCUAGCAGCCUCUGCCUGCACCCAGCCGGGACACUCGGUGCGUGGGACCUGUUUGCGUGUGUUUUGCUUCCUUGGGAACGACCCUCUCACUCACCCUGUCGUUAGCACAGAUGACGUGGUGCACUUUGACUGUGAAGCAAGGGGCUUUUGCUGUAGUCAAGAUGAGCGCAAGCAGGGAGACGUUCCUGGGAAGGGAUUUGUGGCCACUUUCUAUCUCUGCUUCUGUCAGAAACUUGCUCCGACAUGUAGUAGCCAAUAAAAAAGAAAUUCCUGAUUGCAA